AUGCCGAGAAUACUGGCCAACUCGAGCUCGACUCGUUCGCGCUCCUCCGACGUUUUCUUUUCUCUUAAAAGGAGCGAACAACAACAGCAACAACAAGGACAACAGAAGUGGAGUCGAAUCGAUGAAAAUUCUCACGAGAACGAGAAGGAGGAAAAGGAGGAAGACGACGACGACGAUAUUCGAUUAACGUUCAACGAUUUAGCGCUAGCAGAACACAUCGUUUUAGGUCUCCAAAAGUGUGGAUUUAUAUAUCCGUCCCCGGUGCAAGUCUCGGCGAUUCCUUUGGAACGGUUAGGGAGAGACGUUUUAGUGCAAGCGAAAUCGGGGACUGGGAAAACAGUCGCGUUCGCCUGUCGACUUUUAGAUUCAGUUUUACUGACGAAAGUAGAAGCAGAUGUCGAUACUUUUGCGAUCGAUGAGAGGGGAGGAAAAAGAGUAGAUGUAUCUUCGUCCGUGAAAGCGAUGUGUAUCGCGCCGACGAGAGAGAUUGCGUUACAGACGGCGGACGUGUUACGAACGCUGGCGACGGCGUGUGCGGGAAGCUCGAAAGGUCGAUUUAAACAAGAACGGCUGGCGUGUUUUCUAGGCGGUUUACCAGUCGCAGACGACGGACGCGCGAUGAAAAGACGGCCGGCGUGCGUCGUCGGAACGCCCGGGAGAAUGAAGCAGCUCGUAGAGAUGGACAUUUUGAGAACCGAUCAAAUACGAACGGUAGUUUUAGACGAAGCAGAUCAGUUGUUGACGAAAACUGGGUUUUGCCAGGACGUUUUGUUUUUGAUACAUGCGGCGAGUCACAAGCAGAGACAAUUGAUCGCGUGUUCGGCGACGUUCUCGAAAAACGCGAGGAAAAGAAUGGAGAGUUUGACGACGAGAGACGGUAAACCGAGCGCGAUUGAGAAAGUGAGCUUGUGCGAAGAGACGGUGGCGUUGAGAGGAGUGAAGAUGUGUUAUCGGUUCAUAUGUCGUCGCGAAGAGGCAAAAGAGGAAGAUGAGAAGGAAAAAGAAGGCGACGAUAACGACGGUGAUGACGACGAUGACGGCAUGCGCCUUCUCGAAGAAAAGGCGGAGACGUGCAUUGACAUUUUCAACUCUGUUCGUUUUCACCAAGCUGUUAUCUUUGUUGAAAGUCGAGACCGAGGCGAGAAACUCUCCGCAAUAAUGAUCAAGAAAGGAGGCUUUAAAACGGCUUUCACCUCGGGAAAGCUUCCACAGCGCGAACGAAUGAAUGUCAUGCAACGCUUUCGCGACUUUGAGCUUCGCGCCAUCGUAUCGACCGAUUUAAUCUCCAGAGGCGUCGAUUGCGAACGGGUGAAUUUAGUCAUCAACGUCGAUUUACCGAGAGAUGGUCAAACGUUUAUGCACAGAUGUGGACGAACGGGGAGAUUUGGUACUUCCGGUGUCGCCGUCGCCGUUCUCGAAGACGAGAAAGAGUUGAAAACGCUGAAAGAUAUGCUCGAUAAAACAUCCAAGGAAGAAUCUGAACGCUGGAAUAUCGAAGAAGGUGAUGAAAUCGACGACGAGUAUCGAAGCGGAGAAAAAUCCACGCGAGCCGCGUUUUGCAAUCUCGAAAAACUUCCCGAUACAGUUCCAGAGAGUUGGUACGCGUACGAUCUCGAAGAAAACGACGAGAAACGGCUUCAGGCUUUACAUUUAGAGGAGGAAAAAUUAGCGCUUUUAGAAACAUCUAGCGAAGAAGAAGAGGAAAGUAGUAGUAGUGGUAGCAGUAGUAGUGGUAGUAGUAGUAGCAGCGAAGGUGAGGAUAGUGAAGGAGAAUACGACGACGACGAGGACGAGGACGACGAGGAAGAUUUCGAGGAAAUUCAAAGACAGUGGAGGGAAAAACGCGCGUACGCUUCGUGGUGGUGGUGGCACGAAUAUCGCCAAAAAGUCGGACCGGCUUUCGUCGUCCCUCCUUUUUAA